AUGAAGUUUUUCCUCAUCAGCGCGUUAGCAGUAGCAUGUUUAGCCGAGCCCCCAGUAAACAGAUACCUCCCACCUCAGCAGGGAGGUCUCGGAGGUCCUCCCUCCACGUCGUAUGGGGCGCCCGUACAGAAGCAGACCGAUGCUGUAUUCAGCAACCGCCAAUCUUCUCGCCCUGGCAACCAAUACAUACCUCCUCAGCCCUCUUCAACAUACGGGGCACCCUCUCAACCACAGUUCAGCGCGCCCUCAGCUCAGUACGGCGCCCCUGGCCAGGGAAUACCUAGCUCACAGUAUGGAGUGCCGUCUGCCCCAUCAAGUCAAUAUGGCGCACCAGGAUUUGGCGGAUCAGGUACUCAUUCACAAAGUGGAUUCCUCGGGGGUCAGGGCCAAAGCCGACAGUACUUGCCUCCUGGGUCUGGUGGCACAGGCGGUUAUGCUGGUGAUGAAGGCAUUAAUGAGCCGGCUAACUACAGCUUUGAGUAUAUGGUGAAGGACGAUGCUUCAGGCAAUGAUUUUGGACACCGCGAGUCCAGACAAGGAGAUAGGGCCGAGGGUCAAUACUACGUGCUUCUACCUGAUGGCAGGAAACAGACUGUAAAAUAUGAAGCUGAUGAAAAUGGUUACAAGCCCAGAAUUUCAUACGAAGAUACCGGAUUAGGGCAAGGUGGCUACGGCAGAAACAGCCAAAGUGGUUACAACUAUGAAAACCAAGGAGGUCCUUAUUAA